AUGAAGCUCUGCGUGACCGUCCUCUCUCUCCUCGUUCUGGGCGCUGCCCUCUGUUCUCCAGCGCUCUCGGCACCGAUGGGCUCAGACCCUCCCACCGCCUGCUGCUUCAGCUUCACCACGCGGCAGCUUCCUCGCGACUUCGUGGUAGAUUACUACGAGACCAGCAGCCUUUGCUCCCAGCCAGCUGUCGUAUUCCAAACCAAAAGGGGCAGACAGGUGUGCUCCAACCCCAGUGACUCCUGGGUCCAGGAGUACAUAAACGACCUCGAACUGAACUGA